AUGGCAUCUCUAUUGAAUCUACCCCUAGAACUCCGGGACCAGAUCUGGGCUUACCUCUCCUCUGCAAGAGAUAAAUCUUUGCUCGACCUCAGCCAUCCAGCAAAGGCAGAGAGGUUGGACGCUUUGAGAAGCCUUGAUGCACUGACUCGCACUUGCAUGCAGCUGAAGGCAGAAGUAGCCAACUUUCUGUACGAUACAGUCUACUUGGAGCUCACACAUCCUAAUCAAACUCUACAAUGGCUAACCGACAUCGGGCCAACUAAUUCGUCGUCAAUUCGGAGGCUGGUUCUCAAGUUCAAGAUCCUCGGACUUUGUGCAAGUAAAGACACCGAAACGAAUGAGUACGCUUGGACGCUUGCCAUGCGAUCUAUGCCUAAGCUGCAAGAUCUGACUUUCCAGCUGGAACGAGACGCAGACGUUGCUCCCACCGCUGGGCCGUCAAAGGACAGUUUUUCCUCUGAUUCGUCAUUGCUUGAAUCUUUGGCAGCAUCUGCUUUUGCGUGCUCCUCGAUCUCUACUUCACAGGAGCCAAAAAUGCGGAACAGCUGGAACAGCUGGUUGGAUUAUCGUCCGCUUCUUCGAUCUCACUCUUUUACUCAAGCGCUGCUUUCUCUGGGUGAACCACUACCCUCACCCCUAGUCAGGCAGGUCAACCAAGUCUUAUCACUACCAUUCGCUGUCAGCUCUGCUCCUGUGCGGCUCACCACGCCUCUGGAUAAGUAUUCUAUGGAGAAGAACAUGACUGGCCUAACCGCAGCGUUUUAUCUCGGCCAUGGUUUCAGCCUAACCAACACCUGUGUAUUCCACGAGAACAGCGACAAAACAGAUGCUUUUCUCACCUUCUCCCGUCUAGCCGUUCAGGAUUUGCCGCCUCGAAAUUUCUUACAGGACAUGUUGCACGAGCUUCCCAAAUUAGGAUAUCUCCGGGUCGGCUCCCCAAGAUUAGAUUCGUCGUUCCUUGUUCAUGUUCCAAAGCACGUCCACACAUUAGAUGUUGCGUUCACAGACGACGAUCCCAACACUAUUGCGGAAAACCUGAUGACUAUGCGUGGGAUUUGCAAGAAGCUCUUCACGCUUGCCAUCGCUGUGAGCCCACUUCAUGAUCGAGACCACGAAGGCGAGGAUCCAAAGUAUGAGGUAUUCUUCGAACGGAAGGCCGUUGCACCAGCCACAGCGGAGAAAUGGCAACCUUUCUGGAACGCUGUGGACGAGAUCAAGGCUAGUAGGGUGAAGACGUGGGAAGGUGAGGGCCCCGGCUUUAAACGAGGAAGAAGCGCAUGA